AGUCAUUAUCAUAUACAAAUCCUUAAUUCACAUUUCCUUACUCUUCCUACAUAUCUAGAAUUAACCGACUCCAUUAUGUUAUAUCAACCAAUAUACCUCUUAAACUACAAAAUUAAUAUUUUACUAAUUAAACUUCCCCAGUUUACUUGACAUUGAAACCUAUCAAAGUAAAUAUUAUAUGUCAUUUUUUCAUCGUAAUAGUUCCAUCAAAGAGACCCUCAGCUCCAAUUCCUGCUUCUAAUUUCCUUAUUUCCCCUCUAUCUCUUAUUCUUAAUAUCUCUCACUCUUAACUCUCUUACUUGCUUUGUCACUGCCAUCAUUUUUUUUGCAAAAUUCUGUUACAGGAAACCAUUCUUCCUCUGUUUUUCUAUAUGAGGUUAAUCUGUCCAUCUCUUGCAUGUCAAACAGUUUCAAAAGCCAGUCAUCUAACGUUGGGAGCUCUGCGUUAUUUCAUAAUUGCGCUACCAUUAAUCUUGCUGCUGAGACCGUGAACAGGUACCUGAGAAACCUUGACCACAUCUCUUCCACCUUGAUGCCUUUCUUUGCUCCAUGAACAAUGGCAAUGAGUGAGGGAGAGUAUGUCCUCUGCAAAUGGAAGAAGCGAUUGUGGCCAGCAAAGGUUUUACCUAGAAGCCAGACUUCCAGAAGGCAGAUGAAUCUGAAGGGGGGAGUUUGUUUCCAUGCACCUCGAAAUCUUGUGUCUGCAGAAACAGGUUAAUGUACGCUGUACUGCUGUGGAACCCAUGAAGAAGGAAACCAUCGAAGACAUUGCCUCCAAGUUAGGUCAGAGGAAGAGAAGCUGCAAAUCUGUCGAGGCGGUGAUCUACCGCCGAGCUCUGAGGGAAGCUCUGAAUCUCUUGGAACCUGUCGCACCAUCUGGAGUUGCUUCUCCAUUGAAAGAGAGAGAAAAGCUACCAAUCCAGAAAGACACCCUGGAAGAAGCUUGGUUGUCUCUUAGAACUACUCAGUGGCUUUCCCCUCACAAAGACCCACCAGAGAGGGGGAAAGAGCAGAAAAUUAGUGACACUCCCAUCCCAUGUGAGGUUACGGCAGUCCAAAAUGAAAGUGUUUUUUGUUCCACGAGUUCAUUGAACCAUAAAUCUACAUGGUGUGGCCCUUCAGGUGAUGAGGAGUUCACAAGUCAAACAUGCUGUGUUUCCAAAGCAGAAAGGGCAGGAACAUCUCGGAAAGAACUGCAAUCAUCACCCAGAACCUGUGUGGAGAGAAAAUCAACCUGUUCCUCAAAGGAGGCUGUGAAAUGCCAUCCAGCUGCAGGCAGUCCCUCCUUCCACCCUUUGGAAAUUUCAGUUAGUACCAGCACCCCAGCGGUGUCUCCUUCAUGCAAAUCCUGCUCCAAAUCAUCACUAGUCAGCAAGAAGGCAGACAUGAGGCCUGGGCCACAAAAGACUUUGUCAGCAUCUCCCACUGAAGGUGCUUUGGUGGCAAGUGAAUUCUCCAAGGAAAGAGAGACUCCCCAUAGGAAAUACAGCAGAGUGUCCAGCGGCCAUCAACAUCCCGAGGGCUCGAAUGGAACUCCCACUCAGAACUAUGCGGUUUUGUCUCCUUCUUUGAAAAGACGGCGCAGGCUUUGCCUGGAGGACUCAAAAUCGGGGCCUGCUGAGGGAUCAGUUUUAGAACGGGAGAGAGAAGAAAGCCAGAAUAUGGAUGGAGAACAAUCUGAUGCUGAAGGAGACUUGGAGUCUAUCUCUGAUCUUUCCCUACAACUUAGUCCUGUCAGAGAGAGUUCCUUGAGCCCAUCUCUAAAAGAUGACAGUGAAGAAGACGAAUUGCCCAGUUUCCUCUCGUCUCAAGAACUGGGUUCUAUCGAAGAAGGGGAGGUGGUUUGGUGCAAGCUCCGAAGAUACCCAUACUGGCCUGCUGUGGUGAGAAACUUGAAACGGAAAGCAAAGAAGGCCAGUGUGUUCUUCAUAGACAAAUACCUGGAGGACAAACCCAGAAGCUUUUCCGUCUCUCUCAAAAAUCUCAAGCACUUUGACUGCGAGGAGAAGAAGAAGCUGAUAGAUGCAGCUCGAGAGAGUUAUAAACAUGAAAUUGACUGGUGCAUCAAUUUGAUAGAGGACUACUGGAUUAGAAUUGGUUGCAGUUCUUUUGUGGGAUCCUUCUUGGAAUAUUGCUCUGAUGCUAUGAGCUAUCCAGUUCGGAAAGAAGGCCUGAAUGCGUCCCAGAUGAACUUCCCACAGAUUGAAGAGGAGGAGGUCCAAGAGUCUCAUUCUGAGUUGACCCCCACAAGGCUGGUGAAAAAAUUACUUCCCGACCGGACGCGGGCAGCCAGGAACAGAGCCAACAAAAAGAUUGUGGACUUCAUCAUCAAGGCCAAAGGGGCAGAUGAGCACCUCCGGUCCAUCUUGAAGAGGCAGAAGCCAUCACAGUGGCUGACAAAGUUCCUCCGUCCCCGUCAGAAAUUGACCUACAUUGAGACGUACCUGGAAGACGACUCCCAGCAAGAUCAAGUGUACAGCUAUUUGAAGGGAAUGUAUCAGGAGACAGAUGCUGAGAUCGUACAGCACAUCAAUGGGGACAGUAUCAGACUAAUCUUAGAUGUCCUCUUUCCAGAGGCCAUCAUAUAUGCAAUUUCAGCUGUGGAUCAGAUUGACUACAAGAAGGCAGAAGAGAAAUACAUGCGGGGGCCUUCAGUGGGCCACAGGGAGAGGAAACUGUUUGAAGAACAAAUUAUGGAGGAGAAGAGAAGAAAGAACCUGUAGAGUGAAAAACUCUGGAAGACAGCUGGGGAAGCCUUUCUCCACUCUGCGCAAGGCCUUAAUGUCCAUGUGUGCGCAUGUGUGUGUGUGUGUGUGUCUGUGUGUAAAGAAAUUUGAUAGCGUUUAUUUUGUACAGAAGAUGAUACAUUUUUUAUUUUUUUAAAUUUCUAUGUAACCAUAAAAGGGAGCUGGAGGAGGAGGAGGAUGUAAUGUAAUUCCUGCGUCGCUUCCUGCCCUCUGCUUGAUCAUAAUUGAAUGUGGUUCCAUACUGCAAACAGUACGCUAGAAGGACAAGAACUCUAGCAGCAAGCUAGGGAUACAUAUUGUUGGAUUCUAACUCCCAUCAUCCCUAACCAGAAGAACCAAUAAAGAGGGGUGAUGGAGGUUACACCAUUCCUGUCUUUAAGAGCAAGAGCUGGACCUCGGCUUCAUGUCCUCCAGCACUGUACCUUCAAACAACUGCUGUCCCUACCAAAGACCUUGCUGCACAGGACUGACAAUCAGUCAAUACAACCCACAAAUCAGUCAAACCAGAGGGAGGGAAGUGACAAUACUUGUGCCAGCAAACUUGAAUUAUUAUUUUCUCUCCAUUGCCCCUCAAUUUUCAGAGGGUGGAGACAGAAGGAACUUAAUUCCUUUAAGUUGACUGCUUUAAAACGUUUUGCUGCUACAUAUGACGGCAUCCACUACUUUCAGACCCCAUCUACAUUCAAUUCUCAUACCCAAAGGUUGGGUUAGACAGGAAAUGCUCUCCCCUCCCCUUUCUCAGCAAGACAUUGCCUCUACUAAUCAAUCUUUAGCAUCUUUUAUAUAGAGUUAAGAUGCCAAAAAUGUUGAAAACAUUAUAUAAAGUGUUUAAAAUCUGAUAGAUUCAGAGGUGAUUGACUUACUAAGAGAUAAUUGCUACCUUCCCCCAUCAUUGCUGUCUGUAACUUCUUUUGAGACAUGAAAAAUAAACUUUCUACAACCAA